AUGCAGGCGACGACGAACGCAUCUUUGUUCCAGACCUCGUACUCGGAGGCGUUGGGCGUCUACCGCUCUCGCAAAGCCGUUCUCACCUCUGGAAUCUCCGACCGCUCGGCAUGGGAGCGAUACGGCCACGCGAUCCAGCUGAAUCCCCGGUUCGAGUCGGCGGUAGUGCGGGAUGCCGCGCAGCUGGCUGAAGAAGGCGCGGGUGCAGACGGUGGGCCGUACCGCGUCCUCUCUCUGCGCGUAACGAAGCAUGCUGAAGGAGCAUUCAUAUGGACGGCGGAAGCGGGUGGGGUUGUUCGACAGCUGGAUGCAGAAUCCGCGCAGCAGGUGCAGGUGUUCCGCGGCGCCAAAGCUCCCAUCCCCGCAAUCGACUUUAUCGACACUGCGAAGGGAGAGAAGCUGCUCGUGACGGGAUCGUGGGAUCGAGCGAUUCGCGUGUACAGGAUCAAAGAUGCGCAGCUUGUCGCCGAGGUCAAGGAUGCAAGUGCCGACUUUGUCAAGGCGAUCCAUGUAUUUUGCUCAGCCGGUCGCACCUGGAUCGCAGCAGCGGGGAGCGAUAAGAGCAUCAUGCUGUACGAUGCCACCCCACUCACCACAUCCACCUCGGGGCAGGCGGAGCUAAAGUGCGUGCACAAGUACGCCGUACACACUCGACCGAUCAAUGCGCUUGCAUCCCUCACGGCGCUGGAUGGUACGACGCAUUUGUACUCGGCCGAUUCGAUGGGGAGGAUCAUCGAGUCGAUCGUAUCGUCGUCGUUGCGUCUUGAGCCCGUGCGCGAGAUGGUCGGAUUCAGCACCGCCGUCUACUCGAUCCACGCCAACUGGACACGUGUAUCGGAAGACACCACCGGCAGCGCGGAUGUGUGGUUUAGCGAGGUGCGCGAGGAUGACGACGGUGAGCGGUACCGUCUGGCUGCGCAAGUCUGGGCUGCAUCGGGCGACAAAUCAGCUGCUUCCUACAUGCUUUCCCCUUCGCUGCAACGUCCAGCGCCGAAAAGCACUCGCACCAUGCCACCCGUGGGCACACAACCGCCACUCCACCAGGCAUCCAGACUCGAGCACGCGGAUUUCGUCAAGACCGUCCUGCCCAUCGGCCCCCUCAUCCCCGCCUCUUAUCCGCUGGCAGACGACCUGUCAAACGCCGUGGUCACUGCCGGUGCAGACGAACACAUCCACCUGCACACCCCCACCUCCUCCACCAGCGCAGAAGGCCACUGGCACGAAGUCACCGCACUAGCCGCAUGGAUCCGCCAUCCAUCCUCAAUCCAGCGCGCACAAAGCCUUCCGCAGGCCAAGGAGACAGAGGUAUGGAUCGUAUCGGCGGGCCUCGACGGCUCCGUACGAAGGUGGAAUUUGGCAGCGUUGGUCAAGGUGGGGAAUCCGGAAUUGACCGCGCCCAAACCGGAUUCGAGCGAGGCAGGGCAGUGGGACCAGAAUUCGCUCCCACCGCCCCCGACCAAGACGUUGAAGAACGAUAGUCAGAUGACUGCAGAGGAGGAAGCUGAACUUGCCGAGCUUAUCAGCGAUGACGAGUAA